UAGUCCCCACUUGUCCCUCUCCCUCCCCAAACAAACCCCAUUAGUCUUUUCAGAUUUUUUGUAUCCUUCCUCCACACAUCUUUCUCUAUCUCUUUAUAUCCUUCUUCUUCUUCUUCUCUUCUUAGCUUGCCUUUUCUUUAAUAUAUUCUUCCAAGAUCAAAUAGUUCCUCCUUUGAUCUCAUUGGCAUAGCUAAAACUUUCAUGUAACCCAAACAAGAAUAGAGAUAUCUGUGAAGAGAAGCCAGAGAUCAUAAUGUCUAUAGAUUUAUCAUCAGACCGUCUUUGCUAUGUCCACUGCAACUUCUGCACCACGAUCUUAGCGGUAAGUGUACCAUACGCAAGUUUGUUCACGCUUGUGACGGUGAGAUGUGGCCAUUGUACCAAUUUGCUCUCUCUCAACAUUGGAGUUUCACUUCAGCAAAGCCCACCUACUCCCCCCAUUCAUCAAGAUCUUCAGCAGCAUAAGCAACAGAUAACAACUUCGAUAACAAGGAAAGAAUAUGGAUCAUCCUCUAGGAGCUCCAACCAUUUUUCGGCCACAUUGUCAGAAAAUGUCGAUCGAGAGGCUCCUAGAAUGCCUCCUAUUCGUCCGCCGGAGAAAAGACAACGCCUUCCUUCGGCCUACAACAGGUUCAUCAAAGAGGAAAUCCAAAGGAUCAAGGCUGGCAAUCCAGAGAUCAGCCACCGGGAGGCGUUUAGCACAGCUGCUAAAAAUUGGGCACAUUUUCCUCACAUUCACUUUGGAUUAAAGCUGGAUGGCAACAAGAAGGGCAAGCAAUUAGACCAGUCAGUUGCAGGACAAAAGUCUAAUGGAUACUACUAAAGCCUUUACAUAUACAUUGAUAAUGGCUAUAUAUAUAUAUAUGUAUGUGUAUGCUGAUGAUGGAAGAGAGAAGGCAAGGAAGAAGAAGAUCACAAUAACCUUUCACACAUAUAUAUACGUGUAUGUAUGUCCCUUUCUUUUUUCUUGCGUGGGCUCCAUCUAUAACUUCAUUUCUAGCUUAUUUUCUCCUAAUAAGUGAACCCAUAUAUGGUUUUCACAUCUGAACCUGGAAUCUCCGUUACGAAGAUUGUAAUAUAAAUUUCAUCUUUCCUUGUUC